UUUAUUGAAAUUACGCGAGAUAUUUUAUAGCAUAUGCUGUCAUGGCUACGCAUCGGUGAAAUAUCGAGUACGUUGCAUGAGACAUCAACUUCAUACAAUCAUUGUUUCCUUUUUUCCUUUUCUAUUUAUUUUUUUCUUUUUUCUUUUUCCUAAUUUUGCUAUUUAGUACACAAAGUAUUAAAUUAAUUUGAUUUUACCGAAUAAUUGAAAAAUGAGGAAGUUUGGUUAUUAUAUACAACAUAAAUAAACGCUCAAUAAAUAGAGUAGUAUUAUCGAUAAUCCUCGAAAGGUUUCACCAAUCAGAUUCAACAUUUAGAUAUCGUUCGACUCCAAAGUCGAUCAACUGUGUUAAACAAAAAUAUUCACUGAACUAAUUAUGAAUUUUUGUUUAUAAAUAUAACUAAAGUACAUCAAUGAAUAUAUAUUAAAAAUUAUGUCUUUUGUAUAUCACAUCCUCAUGAAAAAACAUUUACUUGUUAUAGAAUUUGCUUUAAUUUUGAUGAACUAAUAUGUAUAAAUUUUUAAAUACUUUUUUAACGAUAACACUUGGUCUAUUACAAAUAAUAUGGAAAAACAUAAUGGAAUUGCGUAUAUUAUAUCACAGGUGGAAUGAUAAGAAAAAUUGUGUAUGCAUUUUAUAUUGUAGUAAUGAUUUUUUAGUUGUUCAAAAACCUUACGAUAUGUUUAUAAAUAGUAAUAAUCCAGAAAGGAAGAACACAUUACAAUUUGUAUUAAAAAAAAUGUUGCCAAAUUUGGCUAAUCCAAUGUUAAGCCAUGAAUUUCAUUUUGUGCACAGAUUAGAUUAUGCUACAAGUGGUAUUAUUUGUAUAGGUUUAAAUAAACGUGCAGCACGUGCUGCUUCUACUGCAUUUGAAAAGCAACAAGUACAAAAAUAUUAUUUAGCAUUGUUACAUGGUUAUGUAAAUGAUUCAUUUAUUGUAAUUGAUAAACCUAUUGGUAAUGAUAUAAGAGAGACAGAUGGAAAUAAAAAAAUGUGUACAAGUGAUAGCUUAUUUUGUAUAAAGCCAAGAAAGUCUCGUACUGUACUUUUGGUAUUAGAAUAUGGUUUAAGAAAAUCUAAACCUGCCACUAAAGUUUUGCUAUAUCCUACAACUGGUAGAAGACACCAGUUGAGAGUACAUUGUUUGUCUAUAGGUCAUAUAAUAAUAGGUGAUUAUACGUACAGUGAAAGACAAGAUGUGGAGCCUCACAGAACAUUUCUGCAUUCUUUCAGGUUGAUAUUAAAAAAUGAUGUUGAAAACUUAGAUAUAAGGACAGCAGAUCCUUUUAUACCUACUGAUACAGCAAAUAAAUGGCAACCAACAAAUAUUAUUAGAACAUUAGAUGAAAAUAUAUUUUCUGAAAUUCAUGAACUUGCACAAUAAAAAAUCUGAAAUUUUACAUCA